AUGUCGUUGUCUAAUAGAAGCUGCGGAGAGCAUGAAGAUCCUUCAACAUCCUCGUUUGAUGCUCGCGAAGACAACGACACCUAUGUCGAGGUGAGACGUGUUGAAAAGAGCGAGGAACGUGAGCCUUACGAAGCCGAAUUUCAAGAGGGUACUGGAAGUGUAAGUCAUGAGUUAUAGUGUAAAAUAUUUCCAGCAGAACAGAGAAAUAACAUACAAUAUUACAGGGUCUUACAAAAAACGUGAAGGAAAGUGGAAGGCUAUAAUUUCCGGCUGAGGCGGCGCAGAGACUUCGUAUUUGAAAUAUGUAUUUUUAAAAGACAUCAGUUUUUGUUUACGAAAUAACAAGCUUUUAAAUUGCAAACUGAGGUCGCUACGACCUUCUGAAGUAGAGGCAUCUCUAUCCCGAAAACCAGGUUUUUGUUGAAAAUGAUCGAGAAAUUUCGGAUUUUUUCGGUUGAAAAUCACCAGGAAAUGUCGGAUUUUUUGGGGUUUCUUGAUAUAGUCUUUAAGAAAACCUGCAUAAUUUGCAAGUGUUGGCACUUUUCCUUUAACAUCAUCCAUAUCGAAACCCCCAAACCGACAUUUCCUGGUGAUUUUCAACCGAAAAAGUCCGAAAUUUCUCGAUCGUUUUCAACCGAAAAACCUCGUUUUCGGGGCAGAGAUGCCUCUACUUCAAAAGGUCGUAGCGACCUCCGUUUGCACUUUAAAAGCUUGUUAUUUCGUAGACAAAAACUAAUGUCUUUUAAAAAUUCAUAUUUCAAAUACGAAGUCUCUGCGCCGCCUCCGCCGGAAGUUACAGCCUUCCACUUUCCUUCACGUUUUUUGUAAGACCCUGUAGUUUGUGAUGCAUGUCCUCCUUCUGCGAAAUCUUUUUUCCGCCAGAAAUAUCUCCAAAUUUUAUAACAACCUUUUUAUACCUAAUUUCAGCUCGAAAACGACAAAGAAUUUGUGUUGCUGGUCUGCAAGACCAUUGCUCCGUUGUUUGUUCACCUGGCAAAGGGCCGAUUUUCGGACAUAAAAAAUGCCAAAAUUUUCCAAGAAGUCGAGGCCACGAUUCUCGAGGAGCAUCCUGAAUUGAGCGGUCGUUUCGACAGUGAUACCAUCAAAAGGAUCUACGUAAAAUAUCGGAUUCAGAGCAGGAUCGUGAAGCCCAAGGAUCGGACAGAGGUGAGUAGUUUUUAUGUGCUUGUGUAAAACAAAUUUUUGAAUCCAAAAAAUCGUUUUUUCAGAUUCACCAAGUCCUAAUCGAAGCCAUGAAAACCAACAAGUUGUUCAGUAAGAAGAGGUCAAAGCGGAAUCUUCCUCUCAAACCAAAGCCGAUUUCUCGACCUUCCACGAGCUCAUUCUCAAGACGGGGACGAAGAAAGUCGAAUCCGGCCGGUGCUGAGACCCCAUCACAACUGCAACAGCCUGCGGAGAGCCCAACGGAGGAUAAUCCGAGAGUUUUGGAUACGCCUUCUUGCUCAUCAACUUUGCCGAGUGUUUCCAGAGAAGCGUCGGUUGGAAGGGUAAGUUUUUUUCCGUUGAAAUGCGCCACAGUCUAUGAGUAUUUUCACAAAGUGCUUGGACAUUUUUUCGCUGUUGCACAGUGCAGGUUUUCCCCGAAAGAGACCCCGAGUUGAAAGGAAUUCCAUCGAUUGCGACCCCGCAUCGAUUGCGACCCAGCAUCGAUUACGACCCCGCAUCGAUUGCGACCCAAAAUGGGGUAAAGCGACCCCGGGAUGAAAAUUCCUUGAUUCUCUUCGGGAAAAACUUGCUUUAGGGGUUUUCGAGGGUGCUGAUUUCGAAAAUGAUGUUAAUUUUUCCUCUAGUAUUACAUAGUACUGUCUGAUACUAUAUAGUACGAAGUGAAAAUAUCGCUUUUGACGUUAAAUACUCGAUUUAGGGGUUUUCGAGGGUGCUAAUUUCGAAAAUGAUGUUAAUUUUUCCUCUAGUACUACAUAGUACUGUCUGAUACUAUAUAGUACGAAGUCAAAAUAUGGCUUUUGACGUUAAUGCUGUUGUUUUGAUGCUUAGUACUCUUCAAAAACACGUUUUAAAGGCUUGGUGCUAUAUAGUACUGUCUGAUACUAUAUAGUACGAAGUCAAAAUAUCGCUUUUGACGUUAAUGCUGUUGUUUUGAUGCUUAGUACUCUUCAAAAACACGUUUUAAAGACUUGGUGCUAUAUAGUACUGUCUGAUACUAUAUAGUACGAAGUCAAAAUAUCGCUUUUGACGUUAAUGGUGUUGGUUUGAUGCUUAGUACUCUUCAAAAACACGUUUCAAAGACUUGGUGCUAUAUAGUACUGUCUGAUACUAUAUAGUACGAAGUAAAAAUAAGUGUACUAAGCACCAGAACAACACCACUAACGCCUAAAGGCCAACUUUACACCUCGUACUACAUAGUAUCAGAUAGUACUAUAUAGCACCAAGUGAUUAAAACGUGUUUUUGAAGAGCACUAAGCAUCAAAACAACACCAUUAACGUCAAAAGCGAUAUUUUGACUUCGUACUAUAUAGUAUCAGACAGUACUAUGUAGUACUAGAGGAAAAAUGAACAUCAUUUUCGAAAUCAGCACCCUCGAAAACCCCUAAACCGAGUAUUUAACGUCAAAAGCGAUAUUUUCACUUCGUACUAUAUAGUAUCAGACAGUACUAUGUAAUACUAGAGGAAAAAUGAACAUCAUUUUCGAAAUCAGCACCCUCGAAAACCCCUAAAGCAAGUUUUUCCCAAAGAGAAUCAAGGAAUUUUCAUCCCGGGGUCGCUUUACCCCAUUUUGGGUCGCAAUCGAUGCGGGGUCGCAAUCGAUGCGAGGUCGCAAUCGAGCGGGGUCGCAAUCGAAGGAUUCCAGUUGAAAGAGACCCCGGAAUCGGGGGUCUCUUUCGAUGUUUGCCCGAAAUGGCCGAAAAGGUCAAAAGCAGGGUAAUCGAUGGCGUAGGUUCCAAAAAUCAUAUUCGUUUUUCCCGAUUUUUACUUUUUUAAGUAGUAAUGUUAAAAAGUAAUUUUUUGAGUUUUUUCUAAAAAUAGUCGAUUUAGGGGUUAUCGAGGGUGCUGAUUUCGAAAAUGAUGAUCGUUUUUUCUGAAAAAACAGUAUUUUUAGAAAAAUUUUAAAAAAUUACUUUUUAGCGCUACUGCUUAAGGAAAAAAGUAACUAUCAAAAAAAAAUGAAUGUCAUUUUCGAAAUCAGCACCCUCGAUAACCCCUAAAUCGACUAUUUUUAGAAAAAAUUCAAAAAAUUACCUUUAACAUUACUACUUAAGCAAAAAAGUAAGAAUCAGAAAAAACGAAUAUGAUUUUUGGAAUCUACGCCAUCGAUUACCCUUCGGGGUCUCUUUCAACUCGGGGUCUCUUUCGAUGGCUUUCGCACAGUGCACCUUGAACCUUUGUCGCCAACGCAAUGUGGAUUUUUGCCUUUCCGCACCGUGCAAACCUCAAAAAGACCGUUUGCACUGUGCAUAUUUUUGAGCAAAGCCGCAACGGCGCUGUUGAGAAAAGCUUACGUCGCAGCGAUAUUUCAAAUGCACGGUGCGAAACCAAAAAAAAGGUCAAUGCACAGUGCAAAAAAUCGGGGACUUUUGUGCACAGUGCGCGCCAAUGAUGUUAGCAUUUUCACAAAGUGCCUGGACAUUUGUCGCAGUCCGCACCGUGCACAAAAGUUUGCCGAGUUCUUGCACCGUGCACGCACCUUUUUUUGGUUUUGCACUGUGCACUUGAAAUAUCGCUGCGACGUAAGCCUUUCUCAACUGCGCCGCUGCGGUUUUGCUCAAAAAUGCGCACAGUGCAAUCGGUUUUUUUUGAGGUUUGCACGGUGCGGACAAAGUCAGGGUGCGAGCGACAUCCCGAAAAACACGAAGGACGGAAAGGUCCGCUAAAAAAAAGAAAAGAGGAUGGCGGGGAGGGCGGGAGGUUUUCGAUGGCGCUGAUUUCGAAUAUCGUAUCCAUUUUUUCUGAAUUUUACAAUUUUGCUUAAGCAGUAGUGUUAAUUAGUAAUUUAAAAAAAAAUGUUUUUGAGUAAUGGAAAUAGGGGUUUUCGGUGGUGCUGAUUUUGAAAAUUGUAUCCGUUUCUUCUGAAUUUUUGCCUAUCUUUCUCAAUUCUUUAAAAUAAAUGUUUUAAUUGGUAAAAACUUGGUCAAACUUGUAUGAUACUGUAAGAAAACUUAUGACGCUUUUUUCGUCUUUACAGCGAAAAUGACACUACUGCUUAAGCAAAAUUGUAAAAUUCAGAAAAAAUUUAUAUGGUUUUUUCGAAAUCAGCACCAUCGAAAACCUCCCCCCACCCCUCCCCCGCCCUCUUCUUUUCUUUUUUUUAGCGGACCUUUCCGCAGCGGACCUUUCCGUACUCAAUCAAAAUAACUUCAGGGACGGACUAGUACCGAUAUGCCUUUGAUUAACUUCGAUAUUUUCAGCACAAAUCACUCAGUUUCAAAACCAUGACCAAGGUUUUGGAGAUCUGCAAACAACACAAAUACGCGUUCCGUUUGGAGGGAAACGACUUGGUUUUCAGCGAUUUGGAUGCUCCAAAAAAUGAGGCACGCUUUCCCUUGGACCGUCUUGACCUUGAAUUUUGA